CUCUUCCUGAAGAUUGCUUCUCUUGGAGUUCCCCCCUCCCGUAAGCUUACAACUUGGGUGAGCAUUUUCAUUUGUUCCUGAUUGUCCUUUCCAAGCUAUAAAUGAGACAGUUAAUGAACUGGAAGCAUUCUUCUGGAAUUACUGUCAGCUGUGAAGAAUAUGGUAACACUUAUGGAACUGCUCCCAAUAGUGAUUUCAAGACCUGCUUCUGAGUGAACAGAAUGUAUCUUAUCCUGUAAGAAAAAUGGGAUAUAGCUUCUAUAUAUCAUACUGUAAGUGGAGACUUGUAUAAUGAAGAGUAGAAUACAAUUCAGUAGUUUCUUAAUUGUGAGGAGAUAAAAUAUAUGGAAGAAAAUGGGUAGGGGAAGUUGAUAUUCUUAUCCAUCUAUGUUGCAGGUUUCUUUUAAAAUGUAAGCCAUCUUUUUUUACCUCAGAGAAACGUCUGUUUUCUUGGAGCUAGGAGGACAGCUUAUUCAUUUAUAGUCAUACUAUCUCAGAGCUUACUAAGGACAAUUUCUGUGAUAAAAAAGGCUUCAGCACCUCAGUUACUCUAUUCUAUCUUUAACUGCAAAUACUUCACUUUAGCUUUUCUUAGAGCAGUUACUGAAGUGCUACUGUAAUAGUGUAUAUAUAUGUCAUACAUGUAAGACUUUUUUUUAUUCUGGUGAACACUGGUAAAAUGUUAAAUGUAAGAAUAUAUUUUCUGAUUGUUCUUUGUUACAUAGGGAGGAUUUAUUCUGAUUUUACUUCUGUGAGCUUGUAUCAGAGUCUUAUAAUCUAAAAUGGAAUUCUGUGUUUUCAAAUGAAGGAAAUCACUGUUUUUUCCUUCCCCCUCUUUUUUUUUUUUCUUGAGGAUCUUCCAAUGUUUUUUUAACAAGAACUAUUCAUGUAGUUAUUGUCUAGAAUCUGUAGGGUUAAGAACAGGGACAAAAUGAAGAGAUACCUGCUCUAACAGGAUUCUAAGAGAAAAUAAUAUUUUCUUCAUGAAAAUACACACAUUUUUGCACAGAUUACAGUACAUGGAGUAAGAAGAUAAGAGGAUAGCAAACAACUGAGAAAAAAUUAACUCCUGCAGUUCCCAGCACUUUUCUGUCUGCCCUCACUAAACAUCUGGUUAUGAUGAAAUUGGUUAUGAGAUAAACAAAAUGUCUAUGCCCUUUAUAAGUAGCAAGAGGGUAUUUGCAUGGCAUCCGAACUUCUCAUACUGUUAAGAGAAAUGGUACUAAAGGUUUAUGCUGCAGGACUGCCGAAAGAUAGUAUAGGAGACAAUUUAAUCAUUUUGAAAACUUGGAUGGAUGGAUGGAUCAGUCCUUUGCAUAGAAGACUUCAAACAUACACACACAAUUAUACAUGUAUGUAUAUAUGCAAACAAUGCAAAUGCAGUGCUCUUGGGUAUGUGAGAUCCUGUAUCUCAGGUAAUAUAACCUCCUUCUCAGUUAUUCAUCAACAAAGUUGUUAUUAAUCUCCACAAAAGCAUUUCUACUGCAGAAACAUUGGAUAUUAAGCCUCUUUAGCUAUGGUGCUGUAUCUGACUAGAUUUAAUGCAUCUUCCCUGCUCCAUUAUCCUUCAAAUGUGGUAUGCUCCAGAAUGCCGUACUCUUUCACAUAAACUCAAAAACUUGAAUUUACAGUAUCCCCUAUUCUUGCUUAUGUUUUAUUUUGUAUAGUUCUUUACACUUAACCUCUUAUUUUCAUACCUGGUGCUGAGUUUAUCUUCCAGUGCCUGUAUGCUGAAAAGUUAAAUGUUAACUAGUUUAGUUCAUUAUAUCGUCUUAUCAUCGCUCUGUGUUUUCAUGCACCAUCAGCUUUCCUGCAGGAUAUUUUUCUAUUGUACAGUUUGUUUCAGAAUUGUUUCUUUUUUUCUUGUAUGAAGGACUCAUGUAAGAACAAUACAUGUGGGAGGAGAAGAGGAAUGGCUUACAACUUAUGUUAUAUACAUAUGAAAUUUAUAUUUAUAUUCAACAGAACAUUGUACUUCCUAGAAGGUACAUCUGUAUUGCCCUUGAGUCUAUCAGCUACUACAUAUUGGUAAGAUCAGAAUGUUGUUGAGUUUCUUUACUGAAAGAGACAGGUACGUUUUCAAGUCAAGCCCUAGGGUAUUACUUUGCGUUCAGUGCAAAAUAGACCUGUGUGAUCUGUAAUCAUUAUUUCUACUGUCCCUUGCCUUCUGUGUAACCUUUCCCCUCUGUGGCCAAGCAAUCUUCUUGUGAAAGACGUGAGGAGUUUCCAGUGUUGUAAUUGUAUGCAUAACCUUCAUGGAUAUUCUAUUAUAUGUCAGUCUCUGAUUUAGAUAUACCCCACCAAUAUUUUUUUCUCUUGUAAUCUCUGUUAAUAUUUGGUUUUCACCUACUAUGAGCUGGCAUUGCUGUUUUCCUGGCAUAAAUAUAUUUAUACUCUGUUGGAAUUCCUUAUUAAUAGCAUGCCUGUUUUUUUUUCAGUUUUUCACAUUUAAAACGCUGACUUUUAAACACGUUUUUGGAUGUUCAUCUACUUUACCUGUUUUUUCACACUUUCAAAAUGUUAUUUGUUUUUCUAUUUAUUUUCAGACAUGAGAACUGUUUGUUUGUUGAUUAGGUAUAUUGUUGCUUCUGUGGUAGACCAAACCUUUCUUAAAAUCACAGAUGUGAAUUUUGUUCAUGUUUAAAUAUAAACAGAACUUGAGGACUGCUUCAUAUGCUCUAGAAAUAUUUACUCGUCCCAGUAAACGAAUCUCACCAACAGUUUCUGGACUUCAGAGAAUUUAUUUCCAACAUUAUCCUGGCUGAAUUAAUUUUAUACUUACUACAAAUGCAGCUGUCAUUUUCUCACUUUAUCAUUAAACUCAGGUGUUCUGACAUCUCCAAUUUAAUUACAAAAAUGCAUGUCACGUGCACUCUUAUCUUUCUUGCUGACAAUAAUUUUUAUCUCUUUAGCUGGCAUAUUGUACUAAAUGUCUUUUCACUUUUUUUCCAAUAACAUUAGUCUGGUAACAAAAUCUAUCUCCAUAAGCUUGCGUUUCAUGAGUCAUUCUAUAUGCAAAAGAAGUAAUCUUGACUUUCGUGGAAGACAAGCUCCAAUCAUUCGUUCCUAACAACCAAGUUUUAGCAGAUUUGUGUUACUUCUGCAUUUUUAGGACUGUCGUACUUUAGUAUUUGUCUUUGGAUACUUUGAAGAUUUAGGUGCUGUGAUUGUUAGUUCUUCUUGUGAUUAUGAUCUCUUUUUUACUAGUCAAAAAAAACCUGUAGGAAUAUUUCCUUUCCUCUUGCUGUAUAUUUUCCAUUUGAACUAAAAUUAAGGAGUGCUGUCGAGGAAUAGCAGUAGAUCAAUGACUUAAAAGUUAAGGAAAGCUGGAUGAUAACUCCAUUGAAUAGUUCUGGGAGAAAUAUAACAGGGAAAAUCAUCUUAAAAAAGAAGUUUCCUAGUAAACACCUGCCAUUUCCUACAGCAGACCUGUCAGCAAACUACACCAUAGCUGGAAUAGAGAGUAGAGGGCAGGAAACUCUGGAAUUUACUUUUUUUCAGCCGCUUGGAUCUAAAGAAUAUCUGCUUGAAUUAAAUGUGAUGAAUCUACUCCUUCUGAAAAGAUGUUUCUCAAAAGAAACAUGCACAGGAAAAACACCUGAUUGUAUCUUGGUCAUGAAAUGAGUACUUUCUGGAUACAAAAGGAGUGGAGAAAUAGAAGAACACAUGGAAAGUAUGCAACAGAAAGGCUGAAUAUGCUUGUAAUAUGGUUUAGAGUGUGCUCAUUGGCAGCCAACCUUGACCACACUGUGAAACAGAGUGCAAUACAAUGUGAUCUCCGUUCCAUAACUGCAGGCAGAGAACAACAGAAAAAGGCACUUCUCAUAUGAAAUUCAGGGAGGUAUAAUGAAUACUAUUUAUAAGGGCAGAAUUACAAGAUUAUUGCAAUAUAUGCUGUUUGAACUCUGCAGCUUGAAGGUAGACAAAUCUAUAGAAUGCUUAAAAUUGGGCAAUGUGUGCUGGGGUAUGCUUGAAUGCCAAGAAGUUUAAAUGCAUGUAUUUUCCAUUUUGAUGUGGUCAUGCCCGUAGUUGUGGGAAUACAACAAAAUCUAUUCAGAGCAGAAGCUGUGGAGCAAGAUAAACAGCAUGAGAACCAAGGACACCUUUAGAAGAAGAGAAAAAGCAAAAGAAAUGACUCAUGGCUCUGAUUGGAUAAGCACCCGCAUGCACGGAUAAGGAGUGUUUGUAGAAUACUCUGUUGUCAAGUAAAGGUGGAUGGGAAAGUUGUAAGGGCAGAUGGGAAAGCUAAAAAAAAAAAAAAAAAAAAAAAAAGGAAACUUGUGAAUGUAUAUAAGUAAUGUGAGAACUUGUAAUAAAUGAUUUGGAUCGUUCACAUUUGAGUCCAUGCAUCAGAUGCUGCACAUAGUAACUGCACUGUAUCUUCGUCAAAUAUGUAAAUUAAUUCCUGUAAUUUUCAUAACUAUUAUUGUGCUAUACCUUUAUUCCCAUCUGUAAAAAAGUCAUAAUUUACCUGUCAGUGUAUGGAGAUGACUUCUUCCCAUCUCUAACUUUCCAAAGGACUGUAGUUUUGUUGCCUGUUGGGAAAAGACCUGAAGUUCACUGUAAUUAACUCUUAGAUCCCUUAUGUCGUGUAGCUUUCUUACUUCUUCUGGAAUGGACACUAAUAUGGAAUUAUUGACAGCUAAAGCUUCAGAAAGCAGUGUAAAUGAAUUUUGAAAGAAAAUUGGUGCAUAUGAGAGAAUGUAAGUUAGGUUGAAUGUGUCUGACAUGCACAAAAACAAUCUCUUCUGAGCUUCUUAUCAAGAAGAAAUCUGCUACUUGCUUUACAAAAAAGAAAAGCAAAUGUUCAUUGCAAUUGAAGUAGAACUUGGAAGUGAAGAAUUCAGCUUAUGAGAAAAGUCCUGUUUUUAGGGGGAGACUCUCUCUGAACUAAAUUUAGUUUUCUCAGUCUUUUCAAAUUUUCCAUACAGAUUGAUGGUACAAUGAAGCCUAAGAGGUUUGUUUGUUGGCUUGUUUUUUUAAACAAACAAACUUUGAAAUGCAAUUAUUCCAUAAACAUAUAAAAAUAAAACAUAUACAUAAAAUAAAAAGCAUUGCAGUCCUACUGUUCUAUAGACAAAACAAAGUUUAAGUAAUAUUUUAAUGCAUUAGGACAAAUUAUUAUCCUUAGUGCCUUUAAAGUAUGUGAUAAUAAUUGCUUUCUGAUGAGACCGUAACUGAUGUCAGCUACAUAUCCAAAGUUUAUGCCCAACUGUUCUAUGAUUCCUAUGGCAGAUCCAUUUUACCUUCUUACAGUGGGUGUCUGUCUAACUCUGGAUGGAAACAUGCCUGACGUUCAACAAUUGGAUAAAGUGGAUGAGGUUUUGAAAUUCAUUUAAAGCACUUUGAUUUACAUUGGGCUUGCACACACUUUGGUUGUAAGUCAGGUUUGGAGUGAAAUGUAGGCUCAGGCCUGCACUGUUACAUCCACUGCAGCUGUAAGUUAGCAGCUUUACUCUGUAUACUUUUCCUCCUGGUUAGUUUGUUCUCAUCUUUUUUGUUGUUGUUCAUACUGAUAAACUGGUAAGCUCUUCUGAAAGUGAAUCCCCUGUUAGCUUUGUAGCUCCUGUGCCAGUUUCUUGUUAGCUUUGCUGCUUGUACUUCUGGAACUGAUUUGCAUUCCCUAAGCCAGAGCUGAAUCUCUUUGCUCUGAGUGCUUACUACUGCAUGGAUAUGCAUUUUUAAACAAUUAGCUGAGGAAUCCUACCCAUAGAACUUAACACAGGUUGAAGACAUUUUACAUAAACUGAUGUUUAAAUGGCUUUAAAACCAACUGCAAUUUUUUUUUCUGAUUUAUCUUUUCAUCUGGGAAUAGACAAGACAUAUGUUUAUGACUUUUAAAAUUAAUGCUCAGCUCUAAUUCUAGCAUCAUAUUUUUGAGACUUUAGUGAUGCAUGACUCUCUCCUCCAGAUGACAAAGCUUAGCUCCUUGUACUUGAGUCAUUUACUACCUUUGAUCAUUACAGUUACCAUUCUUUUGUAGCAUCUCUUCAGUAUUGUAAUUUUCAUUUAUUAGGAAAAAAAAAAACAUAUAUAAGAUGAUAUCACAGAGAUCUACCUCACAAGAGAAACUCUUAGCUAGAAUGUCCUUUCAUUGCAUCAGUGCUGAGAUGCUGUUGGUGGAAUAUUUGAUAGGCUAUUUGAAGACAGUAACAGCUUACAUAACAACUGAAUGUGAAAUUCAUUGUGUUCAAGCAAUAGCUAGGCUACUACACAGAAGAGCUAUUCGGCAUUCCUUUUGGUGCUCAUUUUAUAAUAUGAACAGAUUAGUGUAUUGGACUACAUAUAAAUAGUGUUUCUUAUAUUUCCAUGUGUAUUAGAUAAUAUACUAGGAGAAUAUAAUCUGUUGUGAUUAGAUUAAUUAGACUACUGGGAUUCAUUUUUCAAGAGAAUCUAUCAUUUUCAUGCUCAUAUAAACUUACAUUGUGACUGAGCCAUCAUAUUAAUAUAGAGCAGAAGAGCACUUUCAGUUUAUAUUUUUUGACUAUCCCUUAAUUGGGAUGGAUGAUUCAAUUUAAGAUUCCCAGGAAAGCACUUAGUAAAAAGUGUAUUUUUUAAAAUUUGUCAUAAUAAUGAUAUAUGAGCAUGACAUGACACUUAUCUUGAGUUCAGUCAAGAAAUGAAUAGUUGUUUGUUUAAUAAUUAAGUCUAAGUCCUUGCUUAUGUACUAAAAGGUUAUUGUAAGACUUCUGAAGUUUUGCACUUUUGCUUAUUGAUUUUUCACAUUGUACAGUGAUAUGUUCAUCUCCUGACAUAAGAUUCAUUGUUCAUCUUUUAAUUAAAUUGGUAAAGAAUAGUGAAGGAUACUAGAUUGUGAGAAUUUCAAUUACAUUUUCCUAAUUUCAAUCUGAUUUAAAAACAUUUGAUGUAAAAUUUGAUUUGAAGACUAUGAAAAGUAUAUUUACUUUGGGUUUUAAUCCCAAAGCAAGUUUUUGUACUGUGAGCAUUUCAUUUUUAUCUUUAGAUGUUAGAUAUCUAUCCAAGUGUUUAUAUGUUUUUAAUAUAUAAUCUUACAUAAAAACCAUUUAUGGGCAGAAAUAGAGAAAAUAAGCUCAGUUACUUUGGUACCAGGCAGAUGUUCCCAGCUGUAAUUGUUUCAUUCAAGUACUUUUAUCUGUUGAUGUUAGUAAUUGUCACAAUGUAAAUGGUAAGUGUAGAAUUUCCUUUGCCUAUGCUACUUUUUAUCAGUAACAGAGAUCUCACCAACUUAAACAUAUUGUUUCUGCAAGACUGGUCAUCACAUUCCCAUCAUGAGAAGUCUUCCCAUUGACUUGAGUUUUGGAAAAUGAAGGAACCAAAGUUGUGCCUUCCUCUUUGUUCAAGAUCAUCAUAAUAAAAUCUUUGUUUUGUCACCGCUUUUGGUCUCUAGAUUCCACAUACACCACAGCAUAUAUAUAAACAUCAGUUUCUUAGCAAGAGACAUGUAAGCAGCACUCAGCAAACAAACAUAUCUAAGAAGUUCUGUGGGCUGAAGAAAAUUUUUAACAAAUUUUGACUACAACCUCAGUGAAACAAAACAAGUUCAACAUCUGUGUAACUAAAUAUGCAUUUUUACACAUUUCUGAUUCAGUUUGUGUCAGGAAUAAUUUGUAUUGAUGUAAUGUUUCGGUUGUUUUUAGAAAUAAUUCAAGCAAGUCAUUCUAUGUUGCAAAAAUAUCCUUGAGCUGAAAGACAUCCUUUCAGUUUAUACGGUUAACUUUUCACAGAAAACUGCAGAUUUUUUUCAAUGUUUGAAAGUUAAGAGCUGCGAAAAUAAGACUUAAAUUGUCCAUUAAUGAAACAAAACAAAAAUCAAGGUAACAGCCAUGACCAGACUGAGAGUUUGUGCAUUAAAAUUAGGGACCAGAACAAUAAAAACAUCUACAUAUACCUAUUGACUGUGAUCAUGUUAUAUUAUUCUCUUGAAUUAAUAGUAUGAAUUUCCUUAACAUUCACUGAAUGUUAAGGAAUGUGAGCUUAGAGCUCACAUUACACGUUACCCAUUAUUCUGGUUUAAACUGUAUUUUAUGAAAUGUACAUACUAUAAUUAGAUACAAUAUUCCAAUUCUGGUCUCUCUAGUUUCUAGAAAAGCAUUAAUGCUGUCCUAAUUCAAUUUUAUAUGUCUUUGUUUGUGCAUGGAAGAAUUGUGUCAGAGAAUCACCACACAGCAAUGAGAGGUUAUGUUAAAUGAGUUUCUAACAAAACCCCUAGGUCACAUUAACUGUAUUUUAGCAUUCUCUAACUGCACCCUAAAUCUAUUGCUUUUAUGUUUGGCUUUCAUUUAUUGAUGUUAGAAUGGUGUAAACGAAGUUAAUAAAAAAAUGUAAAUGAUGUGUUUUUAAAAUGCAAGAAGAUGCAGAAUGAAGCUUCUAAACAGCAAGGAUUUCCUCCCACAAUGUGAAGUUGAUUCUGUCAAUGACAUGAGAUGUAACAAAGUUCACAAACCUAAGAGCCUGUUAAAUAACACAUCUGACAGACUUCACUUAAUCAUGUAAGCAUUUGACCUCUGCUCUGUCAGCAGUCUCACCAUAACAGAACCGGGUAUUGGGUCACAGCAUUGUGUUUCAGAUAAUGGUAAAAUCUCAUCUAGGCUAUGUGUUGUUUAUAAUAGGCUGUUUUGAGAAGUCAUUAAGAAAACUAUAAUAAUUUAAUCUGAAUAUUAUGUGUCAUUAAAAUGUUUCCAUUACUUUUGUUUAAUAUCAGAUAUUAAAAGUUAUCUUAAUAUGCCUGAUGACUAUCAUAAGUCACACAUUUAUGUUGUUGCUUUAUUAAAUAUACAUACAAAAUAAUUUUUCUCUGAAAAUGUUACAUUCAAAAUUUUCUUUGAUAUGUAAGUUUAUUUUCCUUAUGCCAGGAAGAUGCACCUUACUGUAAGUAGUUGUGGUUUUUUGUUUGUUUUGCUAGAACUAUUUGAUUUUUCUUGAUCUCACAGAGACCUAUUGAAAAACUCAGGAACUGAUAGUUAAAACCAUGAACAGCACAGAUGAGGGUUUUUUUUGUUUGUUUGUUUUGUUUUGUUUUGUUUUUUACAGACAAGAAUCCUAUUUCCUCUUUGAAGAAUAUGUGAAUGUGCUUUUUUUUUUUUUUUUUUCCUUGGGAUAUUAGAAAAGUUCACAUAUUGCCUGUAUCUUUGGUCUAUCCAUCUCUCACAGGCUAGGACUUCUUGUCAUACUUUCUUUCAUUGCAAAAUUGUAGAGUAAAAAAAUAGACCUUUAUACUUAUACUAGAAAGUUUGAAAGUAAUGUGUAAUAAAAAAGGAAAGGGGCAAUUAAAACUGUGUGUGCAAUCAACAUUCACAUAAGAGUAUGCUUAGGUGAGUGCCUGCAAGAGCAUCAUUAAUUCUCUGUUAAUAUCAUUCGUUAAGAUAUUAUUUAUAACUGAAAUACGGCAAUUUCAGCUAAGUAAAUUUGUAAUGGCUUAUUUAAAGUAACCAAACACUUAUUUCAGUUGCAUCUGAUAUUCUUAACACUUUUAAUAAUUAAAAAUAAUUUUUACUAUCUACCAUAACCUAAAACAUAUUCAGUAAUUAUUGAUUUUUUUUUUGACUAAUCAAAUGUUAAUUUGCAUUUCUAUUAAAAGCAUACAAUCUGAAUGGGUGUUUGACAGAGGUAUUUAGCAUCUUAAAGUAAAAUGGCUUUUCAGUACUCUAUUACAAUUAUUAAUGGAACAAAUUAAACCUUAUUGUGUGCAAUAAAAAGGCUCAUUAUCGGUAUGGAAAUAAUGUAGGUUUGUCUUAACUUUCCUAGAGAAGAAAUAACUAGUAUUCUCAAUGGCAUCACUUGAACUUAAACAUUUCCACAGGGAGACAUGUGAAAAAGAUUGUUACUGAAAUAACCAUCUGUGCUGAUUGAUUUGGGAUUUUUUUUUUCAUACUUUUUUCAUUUGUUAAUGAAAUAUUAAUAUCUAAGACUAGUAUUUUACAGGCCUUAAUUGUUAUGACUCCCAAGAUAUUGUGAAAAAAUAAAUAAAAACCAAAUUAUGUGUGAACUUAUUUCUACCCAUUAUAGGCACCAUUAGGUGCCUAUAAUUCAAGGUUCUCAGAAUUCAAACCACUUUCAGUUCCAUUUCCACUUUCCAUAAAUACCUGAUGCAUUACAUUUGUAGAUUAAAUUUCCAUGGAUAAUGUUAGUUUGUCCCAAAUUCAACCAACAUUUUGAUGUCUACUCUUUAAUAAGUCACCUGUAUAGUCAAUGAAAAUAACUGUUUCCAGAGAGUGAUUCGUUGUAAUUUAAAAUAGCUGAUAAGUUAAAUUAGUUUAGAAAAAUUCUACUCCAAUGUAAUGUGGUAACACAAAUCCACUGUAUAUCACCAGUGAGGAUCAGUUUGACAUUUGUAUCAAACAUUAACUCCAGAUUCCAGAGUGAGAUAUUAAAAGGCAUGAGCAAUUUCAUAUUCAUGAGAUAUCUUUCUUUCUCUAUAAUCAAACGCCAAACUUUGAGUUUUCAUUUAAAAAAAAUAGCAUAACUGUGGGCACGGAAAUGAGUUAUGGUGGUGUUCUUUAAGAGUUACAGGAGCCCAUUAGCAUAUGUUUUAUUAUUAGUGUUUGUCAAGAAUGGAAAAUUUCAAAAAACUUUUGAGCCUAGAUAUUAGAAAGCCAUAACCAGGCUGAUUCACGAGUUGUAUCUUCACCAUAAUUCUUUUAAUUUAUUUGAGGCAAUAAACAUGAACACUUCUUGAAGACAAAAUAAAAUGUAAAUUUUAAAUUAAUUGGAAAAUUGCAUGAAUCUGCAUUUAUUAUUGAAGAGUUAAAAUGUAUAAAUGAGCUGCAAGUGAUUUUGCCAUUCAUUGGUGAACUGAACUACUUUUUUCUGAAUGGUUUUGUUUACAUUUUACCAACUCCCAUUUUCACAGCCAGGUCCUGUUAAUGUAUAUCUGUAAAUUUCUUUUAAGGUUAAAAACAUAUCUGUGCUAUUAUGGAUGAUAUACUACUGCUUAUAGAUGAAGGAACUUCUAGAAUAACAUUAUCCAAAAUCAUACUAAACAAUAAGGGACAUCAGGGUUAAAAAUCAUAAAGCUAAAGCAGUCUAAGACUUGUUAACUAUGGUCAGGAUUCUCAGCCAGAUUUGCUUACGCUUUAUCAAUACAGGUCAUCUGUGUGCUUGGGUACCGAUAUCAAACGCAAUAACCCCCAUUGCCUUAUGUAACUAAGUAUCUUUUUAUAUAUUUAAGUAUAGUAUUUAUAAAGAAAAAUCCUUCCUUAUGCUUCAAUUUCUAUGUUUUCCAGAAUACAUGGAUUAUUUUGUUCCUCGAGUUUCUUUCAUCAGACAACAUACAGUGCAUUCACUGUAAGAAUAUGAAAUUAAUUUAUUGAAAGUUUGCAAAACAAAACAAAAAAUCCAUAUACAUGGCAUGUUGAUGUAGAAGAAAAAUGACUUUGUUGUCCAGUUUCAUCCAGUAAUAUUUUUGCAUAAUAUUUAGUUGAAUCCUAUUAGAAAUUAAUGAAAUAGGACAAUGAUAGAAAAAAUUACAUCAAUUGAAUUUGUAUACAUAAGAGGUUUACUGAAAUUAAACAUAAUGAAAAAUACCAAAGAGAAAAAAGAUAGAAAGUUCAGUAGUCAAUCUGCUUUCAUAGCACUUUUCUAUCAUACUGCAAAAGCGGUAUACAGCAUGUUAAUAAAAUUUAUGUGCAACAAUGAACAAAGCAUGCUUUAUUGCUGUAUUCUUGAGGAAAGGAUAACUCAGAAAGAAAAUAAAAGACUCUAGAAAAAUCAUAUGGUUUCAGCUCUAGAAGGCAUUUUCAAUAUUGCUAGUCUGGUUAACUGCUGACUCAAGUCCUACCCUGCUUUCUUGCUUUUGAUAAGGAUGUGGAAGUGAGGAAGUGAGAGACAGAGAGAAAUGUAACAGUACACUUAGUAAACUGGUGAGCUUGGAUAGAUGACAGGUAGCUAGAUAGUUUUAUCUUCUUUACUCAGACUAAACAAAAUUCUGAAGAGGAAUCAGCAAGUGCUGAUCUACUGCUAACCACACCCCAUGAGCAAAUUUUUUCUAAUGGCAUGCAUUAGGAUUUGUGCAAUGCCAAAAAACUCAAGAGCCUGAAUAUCUUGAAAAGCACAUCUGUGAGACGUAAUACUCCUACUUAUUUCCAAAUAUAGGUAUAGUUCUGCUUCACAUUGCCACUUACUGACAGCAAUUGAUUAAUGGCAGCUCGUCUCUCUAGGAGGCAGCAUCUCCCAAAUAUUCCAAGUUUUGUUCUAUAUGCUUCGAUGUGGUUUAUUGGUUAAAGAGAUAUCAACGGGGCAUGAAUGAAAAACAAACAAACAAACAAACAAAAACCUCUCUGAAGGCUGAUGGCUGAAAGCUAGAAGAGAAUGUACCAUUCCAUUUGAUUACAGGAGUAAAUCCAUCUUUGUACAUAAAAGUUUGCAUCUUCUGACCUGUGACACUUAAAUGACCACACAGAAGUAAAAAAAGUCCUUAAAAAACUGUUUUUUGUCCGAAGUUUGUAAUCUUUUCUCUAAGAAGUAGCCCUUGCUUUGAGACUUUGUAACAUCCAUCACAUAAAGAACAGGAUUAUAUUAAUACAAAUUUCUUGCAGAAAAUUCUGACACAACAUUAUUCAUUUUGAUCCCAAAUCAAAAUCAAGAAAACUUUGAAGUUUUAAUUAAGAAAUGUCCAAGAAUUUUAGCACAUUAAUUUUAAAGAAACAUAUAAACAUUUCCAGAUCUAAGAUGUUUCAUCAUAGCUUAAUAAAAUGACCAAACCACUUUGUUUUGCAUCAGGUCAAUACUAAAUCACACUUAGCAAAUGCAAUUCUUGUUUUCUUGAAGUUGUAGCACAGAAGUCUCAUGUGACAUUUCUCUCAUUAAGCUGAGCUGCUGCUGUUGUAACAAACAGUCCAGUGAUGGGCUUGCUCAAAACUGAGAAUCGGCUACUAAAUGGCUGUGUAGUUUUAGGGGAUGUAAUGCUGUGCUCUGUUGCAACUUGGCAAUAAAGUUAUUAUUUUCUUAAGCUUACUCAAUCUGAGAUGUCUGAACAUUAUGUUUAAAUUUACAGUUGAAAACAAAUUCUGAAACUGAGUACUUCAGCUGAAAUGUGGUUUGGAUGCUCAUCACAGAUAAUUGGGAAAACAUAUUCAUAUCAAGUGAAAAACCCCAAUAGACUUAAAAGGUAACUGCAGAAAAUAUCGAAUGUUUGUGGAAAUUCCUUCUUAUCAAAACUUAGUUCAACAAAAAAACUAACAAAACUAAUAAAGAAGUAGCAGUACCUGGCAACCAGAACAGUAACUCCUUUUUGCAUAUGGCUGGAUAUGACUGCCUAACUCAUAUAACUCUUCUGUCAGUAAUUGAUGGGCUCUAAAAAAAAGAAAAAGUCAGAUUUAAAUUUAAGGGGAUUAUUCAGGGAUUAUUUAAAACAAAAGAAAAGGAAAGAUCAUGCCAGCUUGAGUUCUACCAUUCUGAGUCUCCACACACACAUAUAUUAAAAAAAAAACAAACAACAAAUUACAUAGCAUACAAACAAUAUUCUCAUUACAAGGAAAGAAAGAAGAAUGUUAACAAAAUAGGUAAGUAAGAUAGGAAGAUCAUAACUACUUUAAUGUUAAAGUGUUACUAAAAUGCUUAUGAACACUUAGUUUACUUUUUUUUCUUCCAGGAAACAGUUGGACUACCCUUUUUCCUUCAUGCAACUAUCUUUACUCAUUCUUUAAGUUUUUUGUUGUUUUUGUUGUUCUGUUUUGUUUUGUUUUUUAAUGUUUCUGAAUUGCAAAUUUUGAUUUGAGUUUUGAGUUAAUCUGAUCUGUUGGUUAGUCACGUUCACAUUAGCUGUUCCUCACACUGCUCUCCCUACCCAAACUUCACUGCACUCAUCUGCAGUGAAAUGACAUUUCGGGCAGCCCAUUAAUCCAACUCCAGCACUACAUUUCUUUUACUCUUUCUUCUGUAGUUUCUUCAGAAAAGAGGGAAAGGAAAACACCCUUUCACUUUUAGGCCUUCAUUAACAUGAUUGUACAUGUAGAGAUUAUACAGCAGCUAUGUCUGUAUAAAAUAUCUUUGAGGCUAGCUCUAUCUCUAGAUAGCUUCAAAGUGAAAAACAAAACAAAACACAGUUGCAGGUUCAAUGGCUUAAUUGUAUUACAGCUCCCAGACAUUAAAUCAAAUAUGUGAAGUCUCCUCUAUUCAGUGAGCUUAAAAAAAAAAAAAAAAAAAAAAAAGUCACAAAUAUCUUGAAUCUGAAAGCUGUGGUUUGUACAGAACACAGGUUAGAAAUCUGAGCAGAAAAAAAGACAAGUUGCCCAUGCUGCUGUUUCCUGUUCAUGGUCAAGACUUUCAGGACUCUUGAAAAUUGAGACCUUUCAUUAAAAGUAAAUAUAAGAUCCUUUACAGAUCUGUAUUGUGUCAAAACAAUUUUCUUAGCAUUUUGAAGGAACCAGGAACUUUCCAGUGGUUGUCAUAUUCUCAUAGUUUUAAUGCUGCUCUCACACAGUGACAAUGUGAAAGGUCCAUGGUGCCUGAGGCUCAGGAGGAGAUCAAGAGGAUUACAACACACUUUUGGAUUUAGCAAGAGCAUCCUGAGAUUUUUAAAUUACAUGUAAUUUCUUUUAGCACAUUUGUUAAGAAAAGCCUCUCUUGUUCCAGUGCAGUGUUUCCAAAUGUACAGAUGAGAAAAAGGUCUACAUUUUUUAAAACACCAUUCUGAUAGGAAUGUCCUGCCUGUAUAAAGCAGAGUUCUGUGUUAGGAACCUCUGUAAUCCACUCUAACAGCAGCUAUAUAUAUUAUAUAUAUAUAUACUUAAUUUUUAUUUUUAAGUCAUUUAUUAUAGGGAAGUAGUUUCCAUGGGAGGCAGUACCAUGGUAUCAUACUCUGUUCUCCAGAUCAUUUAGAUUAUUAUAUAGUGGUUAACAUAGUAUUGUGGUAUUGAUAAUAGCAACACUAAGACACUUUUUGUCACAGUCAUGUUGAAAUAUCUGUACUGAUGGUAUUACUAUUCCAAAUACAAAUAACAUUGGAGAAACUGUUCUGGAAGUGUAGGCUUCUCAAUAAAUCCCUCUGUAUUAGAUUCCAGUAAGUUGUUCCUACUGUUUCUUUUCAGCCACAGACUAAAAAGUGGGUGUAAACAUAUGGACAUUUUUUUUUUGGGGGGGGGGGGGUAAGAAUUAUGAUCAAGGGCUUUGGGGCCAGCCUUUCUAUAUAGCUGAGAAGCAGAGCCCACAUUACUGACCACCUUAUGAUUACUGUUGUCCAGUGACAGAAUCUGACAUAUGGGGAUAACUUGAUUUUUAACUCUCUUGAAUUUAAGAAUCUUAGAUCAAUUUUAAGUGUCUGGUAGAUCAGGUGAAUAUGAUCCAUAGUUCCUGUGGAUAUGAGUAACUUUUCAAAGACACAUUGCAAAUAUAAAAGAACAUCACAGCCAUAUUUCAUGUUUUAAACACAUAUUGCGAAGUUGUCUGUAGUACCACUGAUCUAGCAUCCAAUGCUAUCACUAAAAUACCAUCUAAAAAUUCUGUGCCCAAAAUAAAUACACUUUUGAGUACUCUCGGUGCUCCAGCUUUCUAUUUUCAUCUGGUGUUUUGAUUAGUAAAUUCAUAAUAUUUUUGAGUGACAUAGCAAAAUCUCUAAAGAAAUGAAUAGUUCUGUCUGUGGAGCCUUCAGCACAGAUGUGUGUAAAUAAGGUCCCUGGCAUAAGGCGAACACUUGGAAUCUAAAAAAAAAAAAAGAAAAAAAAAAGAGGUAGGCACUCAUUAAUUUAACAUUACCCAGCCUGAGUACUGCAGUGUGUGUUCCAUGGAAAGAAAUGUGAUCGGUGAUUUGAGUAGUGUACUGUGCACAAGAAUAUCAAAUUUAAGCUGCAUGGUUAAUGCUCUGAGAAUAACAUUAAAAAUAAUUUUAUUAGAGUAUUGCAUGAAUAUUAUUUUCUGCAAAGAUUACUUUCUGUGUGAAUAGUGAAAUCUGAAAAGUGCAUGCAUACAAACAUGGAAAAUAAGGGUCGUCAGUUUUCUACUUUUUUAAUACAGUCUCAACUCAUGAUUGCACUCAGUGCCUCUGGCAGCUGCCAUGGUGGCCGGCUGUUAUGGGGAUCGGGAAUUCUGGCCAGCAAGCAAAGCUGCUCACCAGGUCCCAGCUGGGCACUGAUAUCUGCUGCCUGCCUGGGGACCACUGCUACCUCUCAGGCAACAGCUUUGGUAGAUGGCCGCCCCUGAUAAAGCUGCCAGUAAGCUUUCACUGCACAUCACUGCGCGUAGGACCCCGUGCGUUGGUGUCCGACGUGCCCGAUACCGCGUCCUGCCACGCCGCCUCCGGCACCGGCACCAAAAUGGCGUUGGAGCGCGCUCACCGGCACGCGGCGCUGCGGGUGAGAAGGACUACGUUUCCCAGGAGCCUCCGCGGCGUGGGGCGCUGCGAUUGGCCCCGGUCCGCAUCCAAUCGGCGGAAGGAGAAUCUUCUGGCUGAGAAGGUGGAACAGCUAAUGGAGUGGAGCUCAAGGCGCUCGGUCAUCCGCAUGAAUGGAGACAAAUUUCGAAGAUUUGUGAAGGCUCCACCUCGUAACUACUCUGUGAUAGUGAUGUUCACUGCUCUCCAGCCACAGCGGCAGUGCUCUGUUUGCAGGCAAGCUAAUGAAGAAUACCAAGUUCUGGCUAAUUCAUGGCGCUACUCAUCUGCUUUUUCAAACAAGCUGUUUUUCACAAUAGUGGAUUAUGAUGAAGGGGCGGAUGUUUUUCAACAGCUGAAUAUGAACUCUGCUCCGACUUUCAUGCAUUUUCCUCCAAAAGGUAAACCCAAGAGAGCUGACACAUUUGACCUGCAGAGAAUCGGAUUUGCGGCUGAACAGCUAGCGAAAUGGAUAGCUGACAGAACAGAUGUUCAUAUUAGAGUGUUCAGGCCUCCAAACUAUUCUGGUACAAUUGCUCUGGCUCUUCUGGUAUCUCUUGUUGGUGGAUUGUUAUAUCUACGAAGAAAUAAUUUAGAAUUCAUCUACAACAAAACUGGCUGGGCCAUGGCAGCUCUGUGUGUUGUAUUUGCUAUGACAUCUGGUCAGAUGUGGAAUCACAUCCGUGGACCUCCGUACGCUCAUAAAAAUCCUCAGAAUGGACAAGUGAGUUACAUACAUGGAAGCAGUCAGGCUCAGUUUGUUGCUGAAUCACACAUCAUUCUUCUACUGAAUGCUGCUAUCACCAUGGGAAUGGUACUCCUGAAUGAAGCUGCUACCUCCAAAGGGGAUGUUGGGAAGAGGAGAAUAAUAUGCCUGGUAGGCCUCGGUCUGGUGGUCUUUUUCUUCAGCUUCCUGUUGUCCAUAUUCCGCUCCAAAUACCAUGGCUACCCAUACAGCUUCUUAAUUAAGUAAAUUCAAGAGAGAUUCAUUUAGAGCUGCUUACCAUGAAGUUAACGUCAGUACCUGCUUAUCUGCCCACCACUGUUAAACGUAUUCAGGACUAUUUUGUUGGCUCAUCUGUUUCUGUGAUAAUUUAUAUAGUAUGCUGAUAGAGAAAUGAAUGCAGUUUUAUGCAAUGGAUGCUUAAUUUAUAGAUAUAUACCAUAAAAAUCUCAUUGGGAGUACUGAAAUGUUAUGUAUACUCUGUGCUCAAGAAUUUGAAUAAACUUCAUUAUAAUGGG